AUGGUUUUACUUUUAAAUGCAGAUUCGAUAUUUGAAGAGAAAAAUAUUCAACGCUGGAUCUAUAUCAUCGGUGUGGUACUUUUUAUUGCAUUUAUUAUCGGAAGCUGGAAGAAUUAUGUUGAUUCAGAUUAUCAACUUUUCCACUGGCAUGUCCCACUUGCAACUAUCAUUCCGACUCAUGUGUUAUGCGUAUUGGUGCCAUAUCGAGACCGUGAGACAGAAUUGCAAAUAUUCGUUCCUCACAUUGAUGAUUUUCUCAAUGAACAAAAUGUCCUUCAUAAGAUAAUUGUUUUAAAUCAGACUGAUGCGUUAAGGUUCAAUCGAGCAUCGCUAAUUAAUGUUGGAUGGUAUGAAGCUGAUCGAGUAGGAUGUGAUUAUUUAGUCAUGCAUGAUGUCGAUCUUUUACCUCUAAAUCCACAGUUAGAUUACUCAUACCCAGGAAAAGGUAUUAUUCGACACAUAUCUUCUCCAGAAUAUCAUCCGAAGUACAAUUAUACGAAGUUUAUUGGCGGUAUUUUGCUUUUGACAAUGUCCGAUUAUAAAAUAGUGAAUGGCAUGUCAAAUAAGUACUGGGGCUGGGGUCUGGAAGACGACGAAUUUUAUCUUCGUUUAAGGGAUGCAAAUUUGCUCUCAUCUUUACAAAGGCCGGUGAAUUUAACAACAAAUCGUUCCAAUACUUUUCGUCAUAUACACGAUUCAAAGCUACGAAAGAGAGAUGUCAAAAAAUACGGGAAUCAAAAACAAAUGACUCGCAAGAGAGACCGCAUUAGUGGUUUGCAUUCUGUGAAAUAUCGUAUUGUUGGACGAAAUCUGCUCAAUUUUCGAAAGCGACCAGUGGUUUCUGUGCUCAAUAUUGAAUUAGAAUGUGACUUGAAAUGGACUGAUUAUUGCAAAGCCUGA